UUUAUUCUUUUUUUUUUACAAAACACAAAUUCAUUUAUUUUCCUUCACCUCCUUUAAUGUUCAUAAGAUAUAUAUUGGCAGCAUCUCACAAUCCUUUUUCUUCCCCCGCAAAUUAUUUUUUUUAUAAAAUCUCGUACUUCUCUUUUCAUUUAUUUAAAGACCUUUUUAGUAUUUUAUAUAUAUUUUCUAGCUAUAUAAUAUCCUUCCCUUAUUUUUGCGCUUCUUCUUGGCCAUUAUUUUUUCCUUUCCUACUCACAUUUUUUUCAGUUUUUUCUUUCCCACACCAUUCAUUUUUAUUCACGGCUCAUUCUCCCGCAAUCCACUAA